CACAAUGAAUGUGAGUUUUGCAGAAAAACCUAAUAGAAUAGGAGACCGAUGGCUAAUGAUCACUGGAUCUAUGAUACACCUCCCCUCUCUGAUGUAGAGGCCAAGCUCAGGCCACUCCUAGUUCAGCUGGGAAAUGACAACAAAUUACUUGGAGUUCAGGUAUGCGCUUACAAAGAUGGAAAGGUUAUUAUUGACACUGCUGGUGGAUUGCUCGAAAAAGAUAGUGACCGGCCGGUUCAGCCUGACAGCCUUUUUCCAGUUUUUUCGGUAACAAAGGGAAUAACAGCUGGAAUGUUACAUUGGUUGAUUGACGCCGGAAAAUUGAAGCUCGAGGAUAGUGUUGCAAAUAUAUGGUCAGAAUUUGGAUCACAUGGAAAAGAUCUCAUAAAGGUCCAUCAUGCGCUUAACCAUACAUCUGGACUGCACAAUGCCUUGGCAGACAUUGUGUUAGGAAACCCUUUUCUCAUGUCUAACUGGGAAGAGUGUUUAAAAAGCACGGCCAUGUCGGUACCUGAGAGUGAGCCUGGCAAGGAGCAGACAUACCACUAUAUAUCUUAUGGUUAUAUCUGUGGCGGAAUCAUUGAGCAUGCAUCAGGGAAGAAAUUCCAGGAGAUUCUUGAAGAAGCAUUCAUUCACCCCCUACAAAUUGAAGGCGAGUUAUAUAUUGGAAUCCCUGCAGGUGUGGAAGCUCGGCUUGCAAGCCUUGCACCCUAUGGAGAUGAUCCGAAGAAGCUUUCAGAGGUUGGCAGCCGUUUGGAUUUGCCCUCCAGCCUCAAGCCAGACAGCAUUCAACAAGCUGCUACCAUGGUGCCUGCUCUAUUCAACAUGCUCAACAUCCGCCGCGCCAUCAUCCCAGCAGCCAAUGCACAUUGCUCGGCACGUGCAAUAGCGCGUUACUAUGCAUCCCUAGUCGAUGGAGGUGCUAUUCCACCACCUCAUUCCUCCUCCUCUUCGACACCACCUCUCGGUAGCCAUCCUCACAUUCCCCACUCUACUGCUGCUGAAAACUCAUCAUCCGGUCCUAAAAUAGAUAAGCUAUUCAGCAACCCAAAAAUUCAUGAUGCUUUUUUGGGGGUGGGGGAAUAUGCUAGUUUGGUUAAGCAGGAUGGGAUAUUUGGACUCGGGUUUAAGAGGUGCCACCACUCGAAGGACAGGUCACUUAUCGGCUUUGGCCACUCAGGAAUGGGUGGAUCUACUGGCUUUUGUGACAUAGAAAACAAGUUUGCUGUUGCUGUAACUUUGAAUAAAAUGUCAUAUGGUGCUGAGACUGCAAGAAUAAUACAGUUGGUUUGUUCAGAGUUGAAUAUCCCAGUGCCAGAGGAAUAUUCAGGUUUUGAAGACAGUGAUGCAAAAGUUUUAGUUAAUUGAAGGCAGUAAAAAGCCUUCUGAUUCCAAAUAUAUGUACUGAUUGUUUUGUUUUACACCAGAUGAAUUUAUAUAGUGGUAGUGAUUUUACUUUUAUACAGUAUAAUCAUAGUUGGGAUCAGAGAUGCAUGAAUAUAAAAGCUUUGACAUUAAGUUGGGUGCCCGUGCAACCCUGGAAAUGUCUCUGCUUUGCCAACAAUGGAGGUGACAACCAUAGAUAUAAAAUGAGGAUCAAUCUGAAGUUUUCAACUACAGACACGGUUUCUCUCUGUGCUUUCAAUCAUGUGAUCUCUCUUUCUUCAUAUAAUAAAAAAAACCCAUAUCCUUGU